CUGUUGUUUUUGGCCGUUUUAGAUGUGGAAGAUUCAAACGGAUUCCUGGUCCAGUGGAGACAGAUAAAUCUGUGGUUUAUCCACCUGCUUUAUCUUUGGUGAUCAAAUAACAUCAUGGAGAGUACCCGCACUGCCUUACACCUCUACCUCCCGAUCAGCGAGAGGAGCUGUGUGAGUCCAACCCUCUAUCACUGCAGGGGCCCAACUUCCCCCUUUAAAGCCCCUCCGAAGCCCCAACAAGGACUAAUCUCUAUCCGCAAGGAGGAGGGUCCAGCUGAAACAGUGAAGCGCAGUCAAGAAGACAAAUUCGGAUGUUCUAACUUUAAAGACACCCUCAAAGUUUUGGAUGACUCCUCCGAUGUCCGUUGGCUGACAGAGUUGUUACCGUUGUGUUUGGAGUGUCAGGAUUUCAUGAGCAUGGGCAACCAGCAGGGCACGAAGAUAAAGCCAAACUGUUAUGGUUAUGGAGAGAGUCUGGAUACUUUAUCAAAAUCCCCCAGAUUACAGAUUCCUCAGAAGAGGAGGAGAAGAGUGGAGGGGCUAGUUUACACCGGCGCCUGUCAGCAUAACCUCAAUAUGACACCCGGGACCCCACGGGGGCCUCGGAAGGCGAGAAGACUGGCAAAGCUUCAGAUAUUGAGUUCUCCUAACUUUGAGGAGUGGGACUUGGAGGAAGACAGGCCAAUCAUCUGCACUCCUGCAGCCAGGAGAAAGAGAGUUACAGGAAAAGAAAGAGUUCUUGUGUUGGAGAAGAGGAAUAGGAGUCCACAAGAUUUCAAGCCAGCAAGGAGAGAGAAGCUGCCUGAGGCUUCGCCUGCAAAUGUUCCUAGUUCUUACAGCAAAAACGGCCGUUUCUAUCUCAGAAAAAAAAUAUCUGAAAAGGAAGAAUGUGCUCUCCCAGACUCAGACACAGACCUCUCUGAAUAUGACAAUAAUAAAUACUUAACAUAUAUCUCCCCCACUAGUCUUCAGGCAGCAAGAGGUACAGAUGAGGGAAAGAAGGCAGAAGGUGAAGUGGAGAAGCCUUCUCAGUGGAGGAACAAGGAGAUAGGGAGCGAGGCUGCAGCACUGCAAGUUAUGGGCAAGAUUGAGGAGGUGGAAGGGAUCAUAAGUCGGGUGAGUCUCACCAGUUCGAAUUUGAUUAAAAAUGGCAGCAACAGGAGAGAUGAACCUCGGUUUAUUUCAAAUGGAUGUGUUGCUGAAUUUGGGUCCCAGUCGGAGACCCAGAACAAAGGGUGCAAUGAAGACAAGCCUCUACUAGUUGAGGAGCUUCAAGCUCUGGGUGAAGCUCUGAGCCAUAGUCUGCGUCAGGUCCUGUGGAUGGAGGGAGCAAAAGCAGAGAGUGAACCCAUUACAGAGUCCAAGGCUUUCUAUGAGCAAAACCUUGUUGGAUCAACAAGAAGGCCUCCGAAUCUACAGUCAUAUAUUUACAGCUUCACCUCUACUACGCCAAAUAAUUCUUCAUCACCCUCUCUGUCAGCAGGUGGAGAAUUCUCACCUGUGUCCUCGCCGUGUCUGUCUGCAAUCUUGGAUGUUUCCCCAAGAACCUCUGGUAGUUUUGAAGGAAUGUCUCCUACCGUGUCACCUCUAUUCACAUCCAGUCUGUCUAGCCAACAGUCUCUGCCUCUAAGCCUGACUGACCGGCAUGAAAAAGACAUCUCUGCACAUCACAUAGGGUGGGUAAACUCAGGUGAAGACAGUUUGUUCCCUCAGGGGGUUGGAAGCUGGGGAAGUGCCACCACUGUCUCUGGUGGGACAGGAAAUGACCUGAACAAUACGAAGACUUUGGCUCAGGCAAACCUGAGUGUGAGUGAACAGGAUCAUACACAGAUGUACAGAUGCACCAGUGAGACAGAGACCAGUCAAGAUUAUCUUCUCUCUUCAGAUGAGGCUCUGCAAAGGCAGGAAAAGAUCUGGCAGCAGGAAGUCGAGGAGUCUCUCUCCUUCUGCAUGUCACUGUCUCAUCCCUCCAGACCUAAACACAUUGACUUCUUGCGCAUCACAGCUCCUGAAGAUGACAUCAUUGAUACACCGACAACCACACCUCUCCCACCAGAGUUUUGGUCAGAAGCAUCCACCCAAGGAGAGGGUGAAGAAAGAACUCCUGGUCGUCUACAAGCCGUCUGGCCGCCACUUAAGGAGGAAAAGGUUGGGCUGAAGUACACAGAAGCAGAGCACCAGGCUGCUCUGCUGCAGCUGAAGAGAGAAUGCAAAGAGGAGCUGGAGAAAUUACAGGAUGACUAUGGUCAGGAACUGUCCAGACUGAGGGUGGAAAGUGAGGACAAUGUUGCCCGUCUGGAGUUCACUCUGGCCAAGCUGCAGGCCGAACUCUCACAGAUUGGGAGCCGCCAUCGUGGGGAACUCAAAGAUGUUGCUGUAUCAACGGGAGACGACUUUUUAAACAAAUCCUUCCGCACAGUCUGCGUCCAGACAGACCGAGAGACGUUUGUUAAGACUUCUGAGGAUGGAGAAGGUACGGGGAGACCCUGCGCCAGCCCUCAGCAGCAGAAGGUGACCCCCAAAAAGCUGGACCUAGCUUCUAUCGGCCUUAGCCUGGCCAAUCAGAGAGACGAUACUUUGUCUUCCUCCUCAUUGCUUGACCCUCCAUCUCAAAGUCUUCCUCCACCUGGAACCACGCUACCUCUAUCAGAACAACCACCCGCUCCUUCUCAGACGUUACCAACCAAAACAGAAAUUCUGCCUCCUCCUCCUCCUCCACCUCCGCCAUGUUUGUCUUCACCCAUAAAUCACAUGCAGCAAUCAAAUGACCCUCCACCACCACCACCUCCUCCAUCCAUGCCAGGCUUAGCUCCCCCACCACCUCCUCCUACAGGAGCGGGCCUCGUGAUUGAUAAACCUCCCAGGAAACCUGCAGUGGAGCCUUCCCAACCCAUGAGGCCUCUUUACUGGACCAGAAUCCAGAUCCAGGACAACAAUAACAACACACUGUGGAACGUUUUAGAGGAACCAAAUAUAAUUAAUGCCAGGGAGUUUGAGGACCUCUUCGCCAAAACCACCACACAGACCAAGAGGAAGCCGCUCUCAGAGGCUUAUGAGAAGAAAGCCAAAGCCAGGAAGAUCAUUAAGCUGUUGGACGGGAAGCGCUCCCAGGCCGUGGGCAUCCUCAUAUCGAGCCUCCACCUGGAAAUGAAAGAUAUACAACAAGCUGUACUGACAGUGGACCACUCUGUGGUGGACUUGGAGACCAUUGAAGCACUGUAUGAAAAUAGAGCACAGCCAGAGGAACUGGAAAGAAUCAAGAAACACUACGAGACGUCAGAAGAAGAGCAAGUUAAACUGCUGGACAAACCCGAACAGUUCCUGUAUGAGCUGUCUCAGAUCCCAGACUUUGCUGGCAGAGCUCACAGCAUCAUCUUCCAGUCGGCCUUCAUCGAUGGGAUCGCGUCCAUCCAACGCAAGCUCAACACAGUCUCCUCUGUCUGUGAGACUCUGUUGGAGAGCGAUGGCGUGAGAGGAGUGGUGGGACUGGUGUUGGCUCUGGGGAACCACAUGAACGGAGGUAGCAGGGUCAGAGGUCAGGCCGAUGGCUUUGGCUUGGAGAUUCUACCUAAACUGAAGGAUGUCAAGAGCCGGGACAAUCGUAUCAGCCUGCUGGACUACGUGGUGACAUACUACUUGUACAAUGUGGAUCAGAACGCCGGCACCGACAUGAGUAUGUUCCCUCUUCCCGAACCUCAGGACGUCUUCCUGGCAGCACAGGUCAAGUUUGAUGAUCUCAACAAAGACAUAAGACAGCUCGGACGAGAUCUGACAAGAUGUGAGAAAGAUGUGCAGAAGGUUUGUUCUGAUUCUCCUGAAGAACACCUGCAGCCGUUCAAGGACAAGAUGGAGGCUUUUGUUCUCAGCGCACGAAAAGAACACGCAGAAACUUCCUAUCAGCUGGUGACUGUGCAAAAAAGUUUUCAGGACUUGGCUCUGUACUUUGGACUGAAGCCCAAGUCAGGAGAGAAAGAGGUGACGACUGGCCAUUUUUUCAUGCUCUGGUUUGAGUUUUGUGCCGACUUCAAGGCCAGGUGGAAGCGGGAGAACAAGAUCAUAUCUAAAGAGAGAUUAAAAGAGGCCCAGCUGUCAGUGAAGAGGAUCACAGGAGAGAAGAAAGUGGAGACCAGAAAGAUCAACCCCAACAGCCUGAAAGAGCGACUGCGCCAGAAAGAAGCCAACAUAUCUUCAACUUAAGAAACUCAGGAGGUAUAAAAAUGCUGCGGUCACACAGCCAUCUUCACCGAGCUGGAUCAGACAAUAUGAGACCCAAUCGAUGUUUUUCAGUUUUAUUUGUCUAUCAUUCUUAUGUCCAUAAUGUACUUGCAUUCAUCAACUGAGAACUUUAUGUAAUAUAAUUUGCUACUUAAAAAUGUCUUUAAAUUUAAAAGAUUAAAAAAUAAUAAUUGUGCAAUAUUUAGACAUCAGAAAUGGCUUCAACUGUGUAUAGAUUCUUAUAUUGCACUUAGGGUUAGCAUUGGUGCAUGGUUUUGCAUUGAUUCUGACAUGUAAAAUCUAAUCUUUACAGUGUUUUACCACUAAUAAAAUCACUAAUCUGGAAAAUAUGUGAUGUAAUAGGUUGAAAACUGUUUUAUUUACAAGCAGCUUUACAGUAAAUGAUACAUAUAUUAAACUCACACAUCCCACACAGUGGAAACAAUAAACAUCUGAGUCCUUUGGAGAUGUGUCCAUAUACACACUCUGAAAAGGUACACAUGUUGCACAGCCAUUAUCCUGCAUGUUGUUACAAACCAGUCUGCUUUAAACUGAAACACAAGCAGGUCACCUUAGAAGGAACGUGCCACCUGAAUAAACCACUUAUGUAUGAUGUCUGUAAGCAAAAUUAGUGGUAAAUUACU